AUGAAGCCACUACACCAACGUCUUAAUCUGUACACGAAUGGCAACGAGUCUUAUACGUUUGUACCUGCAGAACCAGUCGGCGCAAGGUCGCUGACCAUCUAUCGUAAUUCGGGCGACAUUGUCCUUAAUGCACCUAAUGCGCCACUUCCACAUACUGCUGAACGUUCGCCAAAGACGAUAUAUGGGAUAUUCGGUCUGGUGUCCCUCGCAUUGUCGGAGUACAUUAUCGUGGUGACAGGGCGUGAGCUGCGGGGUCGACUCAUGAGCCAGAACAUCUACCGUGCCACAGAUUACGACAUACUUCCUCUCAAUCCUGACAUGUCCGUGCAGAACCCCCCACACCCGGUUGAGGCGCAUCUGUUGGCACUUGUUCGGUCACACCUAGCAGGCGGGAGCUUUUUCUUCAGCUACGGCUGGGACUUGACAAGACGAUUACAAGCCCAAUGGUCGUCCUUGCAAGAGGAUGGGGACAAAGCGCUAUGGGAGAUUGCGGACGACAGGUUUUUCUGGAACAAGUUUCUGCACGCAAGGUUCAUUGAUGCAACUUUGGUUGAUCCGGAACAGAACCUGAGCCCAUAUAUCUUGCCCAUGGUUUAUGGCACGUUCGAUAUCCGUCCAGAGCGCGUCAAUGGUCAUCAUAUGCGGUUAUGUCUCAUCAGUCGACGCUCACGCUACCGAGCGGGUACGCGGUACUUCCGACGAGGUAUAGAUCACGACGGCAAUGUUGCCAAUUUCAAUGAGACCGAGCAGGUCCUGCUCGUUGGUCCUGAUGACACAAGCGUGCAACUCAGCUUCGUCCAAAUUCGAGGCAGCGUCCCUGUCUUCUGGGCAGAAGUGAACACGCUACGUUAUAAGCCGGAUGUACAGAUUAUGGAUAUUCAGGAAACGGUGGACGCGACGCGCAAACAUUUAUUAGACAACGUUUCUAUCUACGGCGAACAAAGCUUAGUCAACCUAGUCAACCAAAAAGGUCAUGAACAGCCAGUCAAGGAAGCGUACGAGCGCUCCGUCUCGCAGUUGAACCUAUCGAAAGUCAAAUAUGAAUACUUCGAUUUUCAUAACGAGUGCAAGAACAUGCAAUGGGAUCGAAUUGAUGUUUUGUUGUCGCGGCUAGACGAGGAUUUGAAUAGUUACGGAUAUUUCCAUCUAGACUCCACGCAACCUAGUCCAGUCAAGCUACAGACCGGUACCGUCCGUACCAACUGCAUGGAUAAUCUAGACAGAACGAACGUCGCGCAAUCUGCAAUCGCGAAGUGGGCAUUGAGCUCUCAGCUAAAAGCGCUCAAGAUUUUGCACGAGAAGGAUUCCAUAGAUCCCUACGAGGAAUUCAUGAAAGACUUCCGAGAAAUGUGGGCCGAUCAUGCGAACAUGAUCUCGAUUGCAUACAGUGGGACAGGUGCUCUUAAGACUGACUUUACGCGUACAGGCACUCGUACUCGGGCGGGUGCGCUCGAAGAUGGCUGGAACUCUGUGUUGCGAUAUCUCAAAAACAACUUCCUCGACGGUGCUCGCCAGGACGCGUUUGAUUUGAUGACCGGUGUGUUUGUACCCCGGAGAGGAUGGGUGCCAGCGGCACUGGUGCGGGACCGCAGACCCCUCAUAGUCCGUGCUGUGCCCUACGGACUAGGGUUUUCGUUGUUCAUGGUAUUUGCUGGUUUAACUCUGCCACGCACAUCUGAUUAUUCACUAUUCUACUACUUCGUUCUAUGGUUCUCACUGGUCGCCCUGUCGCUUGUCUUCGUGUUUGCACAUGGCAUCGACUACGUGAACUGGCCUCGGCUGGUGCCUCUCACGGAGAUAAUCUAUUACAACGGUCCGGGAUACCGGUCGGGAAACAACGGCAAGGGCUUCAGUAUACCAGCACUUAACAUCGAUAAACUAAAGGCCGCAUCGGGAAGCCAAGCGAAAGGCCAUCGGCGGGCAAAGAGCAAAUUGGAGGAGAUCGAGAUGGGUACGAAGGAGAGGAUCGACUAG